AGACUAGAAACCUUUAUAGGAAAAAUCAAAUUCGCAAUGUCUUUGCACAUUAAAAAAAAAGGAUAUUUUGUUGUGAAAACCAAUCAUAAACAAAAUAUGCACAAAUGACAGUAAUAUGAAAUAUUAAGGAUAUUAGCAAAGUGAACAGGUAGACUUCUAACUAAUUUGUUUUAAUGGAAAAGGUAAGAAAAGACAGAAAUAAUAGUAACAAUUAAAUAAAUAAAUCUACAUAUUAGGGAAUAUAACUAUAGACAGUAAAUUGAAGGUUUGCAAAAACACGCUAAAUCAGUAAAACUAUUAUACAAUUUUCAUUAUAUUUAAAAUAUAAUAACAAUACGAAUUAAAUUACGAGAGAGAAAAAUAUACAAAUUAAAGUGAAAUAUAUUAGAAAAAGAUCAAAGAAGAUACCGUUAAUGCAACAAAGAAAAAGACAUGGUUGUAAGAUAAAUACAACAACAACAAACAACAACUGCAACUACUACUACUAGUAGUAGUAGUAGUAGUAAUAGUAGUGUGAGUUGAUUAUGCGCAUCUCUCAGAAGAUUUUUAUACAUAUUCUGCAUUUACAUAAUAAUAAUAAUAAUAAUAAUAAUAAUAAUAAUAAUAAUAAUAAUAAUAAUAAUAAUAAUAAUUGUAAUAUUGCACUUACUAGAAACAAAAUGAAAACUGAUAAAAUAAUAAUUGGAACGGACAAGGUAGUAUUAGAAAAUGUAUUACAGGCAUUUGUAUACAGAGAAAAUAAUUUCAGAUUAAUUUCAUGUUUAAAAUGGAGAGUUAAAAAGAAAGAAAGAAAUUUAGACGUCAGCUCAAACUAUACACAAUUACAAAAAUCAGUAAUGUUAAUUUAA